AUGAAGACCUCUAGCAUUCUUUCCUCCAUCGCCCUUGCCUGCGUGGCAGCAGCUGCACCGUCUUCGGACUAUGGAAGUUGGGGGAACGGCGGAAAGGGUGGCAAUGACGGGAAAUGUGUGUCCCAGGACCAGGCUACCAAGAUUGUCCAUGACUACGCCUUCUUCCUCGCCCACGCCGACCCCAACCAGCUUGCGCAAGCCAACGCGACAGCUCAAAGAAUCCUCGCGGACGACUUCACUGAGCAGUCCGACUCCAUCAACGGCUUCCUGGGCCUCAAGCCCGGUGACCUCACUUUCCCCAACAAGCAGGGAUACAUCAGCGAGGUCUUGACCCAGCCACCCGUGAUUGGAAUCACCGACCUUCAGCUCAUCCCCUUCAACUGCAACCAGGUCCUCUGGUACUGGAAGUUCGACAACCCGGGCAACUUCAACGCCCCGCAAGCGCCCCAGCCUGUUCAGGGCAUGAACAUCUUCGACAUCAACGACAAGGGUCUCAUUGAGCACGUCAACGUUGAGUUCAGCGUCUUCUUUUACGUCGACUUUGGAUUCAACGUCUCUGGCUUCCGCGGCCCCAUCACAGGUGUGAACCCAUAA